UCAUUCUCCUUAAUCUUUCAACAAAUUCUUCACUACUAGUGCAGGUUCUCCAAUGGAAAAUUUGACGGUGGUUCUCCGAACAAGAGCUCUUACUCCUUAUGGGAUUGCCUCGGGCAGGGUCAGUGCCUCCAACCGACACUUUGUUGAAGAAAUGCCCAGGAUUCCACCAGAGCAGAAGUCAAGACCGUUUCUGGCUAAGGAUGCGCAAGGGCGCCGCAUUUAUCACCUUAAGUACAAUAGGAGGAUGAGGGGACUCCGUCCGAAGCAAACAAUUACUGGACUAAGACGCUUCUUCCAAGAGCAUGGUUUGCAACCUGGGGAUCGAAUUACCGUGUACAAGGAGGAGGCCAAUGAGGUGAUCUUGAUGGGAAAACUCAUCUCUCCACUCUAUGUGAUCCACUUUGAGAGGGUUAACUAAGUUGCAGACCGGUGAUGAUCAUGCUCCUUGAGAAAGCUGAAUCAGCCUGUUAAAAGAUCAAGGCGUUUUCUGGUAGUUGCUUCUGUUUGUAUGUUUGUUUGUUUUUUUUUUUUUCUUCAUGUCUUGCUGUUGUGGACUUGUGGUUUUCCAAUAAUAAUAAAUGUAAGUGUUAAUAAUAAUAAUAAUAAUAAUAAUAAUAAAUGUAAAUCAAGAAUGUCAAAUCCU